UUAGUAUAAAAAAACAAAAUACAGAUAGAACUUAGAGCAGAGCAAGUGUGCUAGCAGAAACCCACACGUUCAAUCAAAGAGAUCAAUCAAAGCAAAAAAAGAUGGCGAUCCCAAUACCCACAAGGCAGCUUUUCAUCAAUGGGGAAUGGAAAGAUCCUGUUCUCAAGAAACGCAUCCCUGUCAUCAACCCUGCUACAGAACAAGUCGUUGGGGACAUUCCAGCAGCUACUGCUGAAGAUGUGGAGCUUGCAGUGGAUGCUGCUCGAAAAGCCCUUGCCAGGAACAAGGGGAAAGAUUGGUCGUCAGCAUCUGGGGCUGUUCGUGCUAAGUAUCUUCGUGCUAUUGCUGCUAAGAUAACUGAGAGAAAAUCUGUGCUGGCAAAACUUGAAGCAAUUGACUGUGGAAAACCAUUGGAUGAAGCAGCAUGGGACAUGGAUGAUGUUGCUGGAUGUUUUGAGUACUAUGCAGACCUUGCUGAAGGCUUGGAUGCCAAGCAAAAAGCUCCCGUUUCUCUUCCUAUGGAGACAUUCAAAAGUUAUGUUCUGAAGGAACCUAUUGGGGUGGUUGGACUGAUAACACCAUGGAACUACCCUCUUUUGAUGGCUGUAUGGAAAGUAGCUCCUGCAUUGGCUGCUGGAUGUACUGCAAUACUGAAGCCCUCCGAGUUGGCAUCUGUGACUUGUUUGGAGUUGGCUGAUGUGUGUCGAGAGGUGGGACUACCUCCUGGUGUCCUAAAUAUUCUAACUGGACUGGGACAUGAAGCAGGUGCACCUUUGGCAUCUCAUCCCCAUGUCGAUAAGAUUGCAUUUACUGGAAGCACUGCUACUGGUAGCAAAAUUAUGACAGCUGCAGCUCAAUUGGUCAAGCCUGUUUCAUUGGAGCUUGGUGGAAAAAGCCCGAUUGUUGUCUUUGAGGAUGUUGACCUUGACAAAGCUGCUGAAUGGACCAUCUUUGGUUGCUUUUGGACAAAUGGUCAGAUCUGCAGUGCAACAUCCCGUCUUCUAGUGCAUGAAAGCAUCGCAGCAGAAUUUUUGGAAAAGCUUGUGAAAUGGAUCAAAAACAUAAAGAUUUCCGAUCCUUUAGCAGAAGGUUGCAGGCUUGGCCCUGUUGUUAGUGGAGGGCAGUAUGAGAAAAUAUUAAAAUUUAUCUCAACGGCUAAGAGUGAAGGUGCUAAAAUUGUGUGCGGUGGGAAGCGUCCUGAGCAUUUAAAGAGAGGAUUCUUCAUAGAACCAACCAUCAUAAGUGAUGUGACUACUUCUAUGCAAAUUUGGAGAGAAGAAGUUUUUGGACCUGUUCUGAGUGUUAAAACAUUUGGUUCUGAAGAAGAAGCCAUUGAAUUGGCAAAUGAUACCCACUAUGGAUUAGGUUCUGCUGUAAUUUCGAAAGAUCUAGAAAGAUGCGAACGCUUAACUAAGGCUUUCCAAGCAGGAAUUGUAUGGAUCAAUUGCUCACAACCAUGCUUCUGUCAAGCACCAUGGGGAGGCAUGAAACGCAGCGGCUUUGGGCGUGAAUUAGGAGAAUGGGGACUCAAUAAUUACUUGAGCGUGAAGCAAGUUACUCAAUAUAUCUCUGAUGAACCAUGGGGUUGGUAUGCGUCUCCAUCGAAGCUGUAAAAGCUUCUACUUGAAUGAAAUAAGAAAAGUCAAUAAUAUAUUAGGAUGCGUCAAGAAUAUGGUGAGAGGGACACAUUGUGUAUUGAACCUGGUUACUGGAAAGAUUCUAUAUUAUAUAUAAUAAGUGGCUUAGAAAUGGUAAUUUGUUGAGAGUGUUCUUAGUUUUGGUUGGAAAAAAGAGCAAGUUUGCUUUAAAUUUUCAACUCCCAACAAUGUGUGUGUGUGUUUUAACCUUAUUUUCAAUUGUAGUCUUGGUAAAAUUCAGCAUGAUAUCAGUUCAACACUUCUAACCAUGUUGAAGUGGCUGAGAUUGUUUUGUGCGAUGCUUUUGGAUAUUCAAUAAGCUUUUCUUAAUGUCCAAGAUAAUAAAGCAUUUAAUGGAGGAUGGGUAGAUCUUCUGCAUUAAAAA